CCAUUCACAUGACGCGACGUUUUCGCAUGGCAAUUUUCAUUGCUAUUAAUAUCAAAAACGAAAUAUCGCUUUUCAACGACGGUUUCACGGAGAGUUACAUUUCGAGGGUAUUUGCAGAAUUUGUUCGUGUAUCGUGAGGUGUACCGUGGUCUUCGAUAUAUUUGGUCACUGUAAACAUCAAUGCUGAUUGUCGAGGAACGAUGAGCUACCCGGAGAAACAGGUUAACAUAACGAAGGAUGAGUGGGUCGCCAAGCUCGAGGAGAAUUCUUACACGCAACGCGUCUCUAUGAAUAACUUGAUCAUGAAUUAUCUGGUCACAGAGGGCUUCAAGGAAGCCGCAGAGAAGUUUCAGCAGGAAUCUGGAGUGGAACCCACGGUGGAUCUGAGCUCGUUGGAUGAUAGGAUUCGUAUCAGAGAGGCAAUUCAAAAUGGUCGUAUUCAGGAGGCAACAGAUCUCGUGAACCAGCUGCACCCGGAAUUAUUAGACAACGACAGAUAUCUUUACUUUCAUCUGCAGCAGUUGCAUCUGAUCGAGUUGAUUCGUUCAGGGAAAAUAGAAGAAGCUCUGCAAUUUGCCCAAGAUAGGCUGAGCGAAGCUGGUGAAUCAGAUGACGUUAUCUUGUGUGAAUUGGAGCGUACUUUGGCUUUGUUAGCUUUUGAUGAACCCCACAAAAGUCCCUACAGUGAUUUACUUCAUCCGACCCAUAGGCAAAAGAUUGCAAGUGAAUUGAAUGCAGCUAUAUUGAAAAUGGAGCAUAAGGAAUCAACUAGUCCACGAUUGAAUAACUUGCUCAAGAUGAUACUUUGGGCACAGGAUGAAUUGGAAAAGAAAAAAGUAAAAUAUCCAAAAAUGACUGACUUGGGUAGCGCUACUAUUGAGAAUCCAAAAUAACUGUAACCAGGCGAUGUGUGGGACAAUAUAAAUGUAUUUAUUAGUAUAAGAAAACGAUCGCGCAAUUGUACUAUAUUAGUGAUAAACAUGUGAAGAGGACUUAGGAAAGGAAUAGACUCGAGCAUUUUAACAUACUCUUGUUUAAAUUAGUACUAAUUAUUUUCUAUAAGAAACAUGUAUAAAAUUUCAAUCAUACAUACAUAUACAUAUAUAGAUGCAAAUUAAGAGAGAGGAAUGCACUGAUUACAACAAUUACGCAAGUUUUUAACAUUAUAAAAUGAAGUCAUUGUCAUAAAUCUCAUGUGUAUUAUACUGAUAACGCGAUCAAAAAAAUUUACAAGUUCAUCAGCUUGUAAAAAGAAGUUUACCGAUAUUUUUUAAAUAACACGAGUAUGUUAAGAAACGGACCAUUUUAACUGAUAUCUGUGCAAUAUACGUGAUUCAACGUCGCAAAAGUAAUUUUAACGCCUCUUAAUUGUAAGCUAUGUUGUAUUACAGUAGAAACGAUUAAAUAUCGAUAGUAAUUAGUUUAAAGUAGAAGAAGUACUAGAAAAAACAUAGUUUAGAUGUAACAUUAUGUGAUAAUUAUUCGAUGUUUGUAAAGAUUUAUAUUUGGUACUAUCGUAAAAGAACAUAAAUGAACAUUUGAAUCUUUGAAUACAUAUAUAUUCCUUUCUC